AUGGGGUGUGGCCAGAGUAAAAUUAAUUUGUACCCGAGACGGAACAAAAAUGGCGCGAAAGGAAAUAGUGCCAAAAAGUCAGGCGCAGGAGAAAAGGAAACAGAUGAAGAAGAGGGCAGCACGGGCGCAGCUCCCCCAGAGGACACAGAGGAGGAGGCGGAGGCCAGCAAACAUAUCUUGCCACUCACCAAUCAUCCACCCCCUGUUGAGGCGUCGGCCAGCAUGCAGGACUUUUUCAAAAUGUUGGACGAAAAGAUCGAAAAGGGCAAAGACUACGAUUCAUCGAGUGAGACUGAAGUGCGGUUAGAGAAAGAGAGACGAAAAAAGUUGAUCGAUAUGUGGCGAUCCGCCUCACAGUCUACACAGUCCUCACAGUCGCAGCCGAGCCCUCCCACCCCUGCACGACGAAGAAUACAUAGGCCUAUCCCACCACAACCGCCGGAAAGACACAGUCCUGGAACAGCACGCCGCUGCUACCGGCAGCAACACGUCCCAGAAGGCAUGUCACCACCCCCGCGUCGAGCUCAAAGCGCCCAAUCGCACCACCCUCACGAUCCGCGACACGUCAACGGCGACAACUGGCAGGAUCCCACGAAAUCACCCGUUAAACGACCCCAGAGCGCAGGCGCCAACUGGAAAUCCAAUCCCAAGGUAGCCCCCUACCAGAAACCAAAGAAAAACGAAGUCAAUGAAAACCAAAGAGCCGCUCAAAAGGACAUCGACUCGCAGUCAGAUACUAGUCAAGACUCCCAAAUAACUUAUAAUCCCACAUUCCAAACGCAUAGUCCGGCACACUCAGCGAAGCAACCGUAUAUAGCUCAGAUUAUCAGCUGCCCUAUCUCACAGCAGGUUACACCACCCUCGACUCCGAAAUAUAUAGCCCCACCCGAAGAGUAUCAAGAUCCCCAAAACAAUACGUUAGACAAUAAAUAUGCCCAGAAACAGCCACAGGUGGCGCAGACUAAUACUCAAUCCAACAUCUAUUACAUCCACGGAAAUGCAUCGACGACAACGCAAGAUCUAGCGCAACAGAGGCAACAAACGGCAUUCCAUUUGCAGCAAUACGUCGCGAUGAAGCAAGCUCAGCAGCAGAUGUUCUCAUAUCUCCAACGCGGACCGCACACAGUUUUCCCCAAUGUGGAUUAUUCGCAAAUACCACAUCCGAGGGUGUAUGAGGGCGAGGAAUAUGCUCCUCAGUACGCGCACGCACACCCAGCGAUGCGACCGCACAGUGCCCCUACUCCAGUAGGGGUAGUCCGACCAAUGGCGGUAGCUCCCGGCUUCGCGCCACUUCCGGACGGUUCUCACAUGGUUCCAGUACCGAUGUACAUGCACAUGCCCCCUGUGGUUUCAACUAUGGGUCCCUGGAUCCCCGGGCAAGGCGCAGAAAUGCAGUACUACCCCCAGACACCUUUUAUGCCCAUGUACCGACCGAACUCUGCCGGGUCCGCCGGCACCCUAACGAGGUACCACAAGAAGGAGGCGAUUGAGACUGACGGAAAAAUGUGCCAAAGUAUAAACCUGGUGAGGCAGAAGCAGGUCGGGCAGAUAGUGUCUAUGCCCGGGCAAGAGUUGACGGUGUGCAAUAAUCCAAGUGACAGCCCGAGUUCGGCAUCCGUUAGCACAGACAGCGGGGUUUCCCCGGGGAACAGCGCGCCGAGCACCAAAUGUCCGGCGUUUACAGACUCCUUCGCGUUAGAUAAUAAGAAAAAAGUGAAAGCGGCGCCGUACUCGACUCGGCCGCUGAAAAAUUCUAAAAGUCUAGAUUCUUAG